GUUCCGCCGGUACAAAAGUCUUUUCUUACACUUUUUAUGCAUCCUGGUGUUUGAACUCUGGAGCAAAGCGCUCUGCUUCUUCUGCAGAGAAGAAAACCAGAGUCUGAGUCGCUCAUGUUUUCCGGGCAUGUGAGAGUAAAGCGGCUCUGGAUGCUCGCUGGCUUCGCCUCUCAGUGGUAACACCUGCAGAAGCUUUCCGCUUGCUCCCUCUGAAUGUAACCACUCUGUAUUUCUUAACGUGCGUAAAUGAAGGACAAGGCUGGCGGGAUUCCCUGACUGAUGUGCUGCGCUUUUAUGAAAAGAGAAGAGGAAAAAAGCAGCUAAACGGAGGAAUUAAACCCGGGUAAAGCUGCUGCUGAGGAAGCUGCAUGAAAGCUGGACACAAUCAUCUUUGUCGACACGACAGUUGAAAGUUCAUGGGAAAGACGACGCCUGGAUGCAGAGACGCCAACACACAAGCAUUUAAAGCGGGGAACCACUUGGGGGAGAAAGACAAUUUGCUGAUGACGGCAUUUCAGUUGAAAUUUGUAUAUACCUGCCAAAACCACAUGGAUCUCAAACACUAAUCUGCACACAGACUGGAUAACUAGAAAAUGUCCUCGUCUUGUUUUGAUGGCGAUCAUGUAAUUGCACAGUUCUGGCUUUCCAGUAUCAUCAAAGACACAAGACGUGGCCAAGUUUCAAUACAAACCUCAAUUUAAAAGGCUCCGUGCAGACUUCGGAAUAGAUAAGAGCAACAACAAGCAAACCUUUGUAUCUGUCGUCAUCAUCUUCCUCCAUGCAGCUCCCGCUUGGCUUUAUUGAAGAGGAGGAGCCCAUUAAAGAAUUCGAGAGAUAGGAGGGUUUGGUCUGAAGGUGUUGUUAGCGGCUGGCUGCUGGUUGGAAAAGAGAUAAGAGUGCUGGGAAGAGAGGAAGGAAGUGACUGUCUGACGGGAGCUGAAUACAAAUUAGGAAUCAUCUCUCCUGCAGCUACACCAGGGAGGCGAGAGAGAUGAGCGAAAUGGACAAAUAAGUAGGUUUCAAUUAUAUGAGCAUUAGUGUAAACUGUCGCUAAACAUUGAUGACGUCACAUUGCUAUGUACAGGAUGGGAAAUGAAGGAAAAUGUUGUCUUAGCUACUGAAAGGAGGAUAAAAAACCACCAGAGAACCUUCCUCUGCGCCAUGUCUGAAUCGAUCUGUGCACAAUUUCAAAUUAUACUUCAGAGGCUCUACCAAACCUUCUAGAAAUAAGGUUUUAAGAGGAGCACAGGUGAGAUGGAGCUGGAUAACAGCUCCCUGGACUACUUCACCAGCAACUUCACAGAGAUCCCCAACGCCUCCACCUCUCCGCCCCCCUGGAGCGAGGCCACACUACUCGGCCUGCAAGCCUCCCUCUCUGCGCUGCUCGCUGUCGUAACCUUGGCCACCGUGCUUUCGAACGCCUUCGUCGUCGCCACCAUCUUUCUGACCAGGAAGCUCCACACUCCUGCCAACUUCCUGAUUGGCUCCCUGGCCGUCACAGACCUGCUGGUGUCUAUUUUAGUCAUGCCGAUCAGCAUCGUCUACACCGUGAGCAAGACGUGGUCUCUGGGGCAGAUUGUGUGUGACAUCUGGCUGUCGUCCGACAUCACCUUCUGCACGGCCUCCAUCUUACACUUGUGUGUGAUCGCGCUGGAUCGCUACUGGGCCAUCACAGACGCUCUGGAGUACUCUAAGCGGCGCACCAUGCGGCGGGCGGCGAUCAUGGUUGGGGUGGUGUGGGUGAUCUCAAUAUCAAUUUCCAUGCCUCCACUUUUCUGGCGGCAGUCCAAAGCCCACGAAGAGCUGACUGAGUGCGUGGUGAAUACAGAUCAGAUCUCUUAUACCCUAUACUCCACCUUUGGCGCCUUCUACGUUCCCACAGUGCUUCUCAUCAUACUGUACGGACGGAUCUAUGUUGCCGCCCGCUCCCGCAUCUUCAAAACGCCUUCGUCCUCUGGGAAGCGUUUCACCACUGCACAGCUCAUCCAGACAUCUGCAGGCUCCUCUCUCUGUUCUCUUAAUUCUGCCUCCAACCAGGAAGCACACCUACAAUCCGACAGCACGGGGGGUGGCGGAGGAGGGUCGCCUCUGUUCGUGAACAUGGUGAAAGUGAAGCUGGCAGACAGCGUGGUGGAGAGGAAACGUCUGUGCGCGGCGCGGGAGAGGAAAGCGACCAAAACUCUGGGCAUCAUCCUGGGCGCGUUCAUCAUCUGCUGGCUGCCGUUCUUUGUCGGCACGCUCGUCUUGGCCAUAUGUAAAAACUGCUGGUUCGACCUGGUGCUUUUUGAUAUUUUCACCUGGCUGGGAUACCUGAACUCCCUCAUCAACCCCGUGAUCUACACCAUCUUCAACGAUGAGUUCAAACAGGCUUUUCAAAAACUCAUCAAAUUCAGACGGUGCUCCUGAAAAACCUUUCCACUGGAUUUAAAACUGACAUCUCAAGGAAAACAGGGAGACAAAGACAAAUAAGAUAGUGGAUAAUAAUAAUAAUAAUGAAAGUACUGUGCACUUAAAUGUCCCAUCGUGUAAACACAUUUUACGUGUAAGAUGUUUUUUAUUUUGUAGAAACAGCUCCAUGCCAUAGCUCUUAACAAUAUAUCCAUCAUAUAGACUUAUGCAUGCAUGCUUAAAUAGAUACAAAUCUUUAUUCCCAAGGAUUAUGGGACUCUUCUUACUGUAAAGAGAUAAAAGAAAGAGAUUUAAAGUUUAUUUCGUGUCACAGGAACAUUGCUGACAUUUCUUGAACAAAAGCAAAGAUUUAAAAAGACUAAAGAUGGAUGAUGUAAGUGUAUGAAAAGAGUUAACUCAGAGGGACAGGAUUUAAUCCAGCGGAAAUGAAAAGCCAUGAGAUCUACAUGUAUGUUAUUAUGUCUUAAUCUCUGUGUCUGUACGAUGCUGCUCCCAUAAAAUGUUCCUGUGGUACA